CUUCUUUGUUAAAUUAAACCAUUUUCAUUUCUCACAAAACCCUAAACCCACGAUUCCAUCUUUAUUACAGUGUUAGGGUUUUUCAUCCUCCGCCAUCACCAUGAUUACCGCUAUUCUCCGAAGAGCUUCUUCAACACUCUCAAAGCGUGCCAUCCCCGCCGCCGAGGCUCUCCUUUCCUCCACCGCUUCCGCCGAGCUCCGACAACUCACCGUCCUAUCAGCCAGGUCCUUCCACUCUAAAUCAGAACCCUUGCUAUUUCGCGCCUCUUCGGGUUCUCGUGCUGGUUACGCCGCUGAAGCUUUUCCAUUCGAAGAACCAGCGAAAGCGAACGGCGAUGAUGGUCUCGAGAUCGCCAAGCUUGGGAUUUCUCAGGAUAUUGUUUCUGCUUUGGAAAAGAAAGGAAUCACUAAGCUUUUCCCCAUUCAGAGGGCUGUGCUGGAGCCUGCUAUGCAAGGUCGUGAUAUGAUUGGUCGUGCUAGAACAGGAACUGGAAAAACUCUUGCUUUUGGGAUACCAAUCAUUGAUAAGAUCAUUCAGUUUAAUGCUAAACAUGGGCGAGGAAGGGAUCCUCUGGCUUUGGUUUUGGCUCCGACUAGAGAACUUGCAAAGCAGGUUGAAAAGGAAUUCUAUGAGGCAGCGCCUACUUUGGAUACUAUCUGUGUUUAUGGAGGUACGCCCAUCUCUCAACAGAUGAGGCAGCUUGAUUAUGGUGUUGAUAUAGCGGUUGGUACACCUGGAAGAAUUAUCGAUCUUCUUAAUAGAGGUGCUCUGAAUUUGAAGGAAGUUCAGUUUGUUAUUCUUGAUGAGGCUGAUCAGAUGCUUCAAGUAGGCUUUCAGGAAGAUGUGGAGAAGAUCUUGGAGAGGUUGCCUGCAAAGAGACAAACUCUUAUGUUCUCUGCAACCAUGCCUACUUGGAUAAAGCAGUUAACACGGAAUUACCUAAAAGAUCCCAUAACUAUUGAUCUUGUUGGAGAUUCCGAUCAGAAGCUGGCAGAUGGAAUUUCACUCUUCGCAGUUGCAUCUGAUGCAUACGUCAAAGCAGGAAUUCUUGUUCCUCUAAUAAAAGAACAUGCAAAGGGAGGAAAGUGUAUUGUUUUCACUCAAACAAAACGUGAUGCCGAUCGAUUAUCACAUGGCAUGUCAAAAAGUAUUCCAUGCGAGGCAUUGCAUGGAGAUAUAUCACAAGCUCAGAGAGAAAAAACUCUUGCUGGAUUCAGAAAUGGUCAUUUUAAUGUCUUAGUGGCAACUGAUGUUGCUUCACGUGGGCUUGAUAUACCUAAUGUUGAUCUUGUAAUUCAUUACGAGCUUCCCAAUAAUUCAGAGAUAUUUGUUCACCGAUCUGGAAGAACAGGUCGUGCUGGUAAGAAAGGAACUGCUAUUCUCAUUUAUUCAGAAGAUCAAUCCAGGACUCUUAGGACUAUUGAGCGCGAUGUAGGCUGUAAAUUUAAAGAGUUACCAAAGAUUGCUGUUGAUAGUGGAUCAGUGUCUGCAUUUGGUAGCAUGGGUGGUGGCCGAUUUGGUUCAUUUGGUGGAGGUUCGAGUAGCCAAUUUGGUGGUGGAGGUUUUAGCCGCGGUAGCCGUUCUGGGGGCUACGGUAAUUCAGGUGAUAGGUUUUCUGGUUCAAGACCAUCUGGAGGGGGGUUUUCAGGCAAUUCAUCCGGUGAAAAUAGAUAUGGCGGAUCAAGCUCUGGGCGUUUUGGCUCCUUUGGUUCAGGUGAUUCAGGUAGUAGAUCUGGUGGAUCAUCCAGUGGAUUUAACUCUAGCCGGCAAGGUGGUUUUGGCGGAUUCGGUGGUUCUGAUCGCUCCAGUGGUUUUGGAAAUUUUGGGUCGGGUAAAUCUAGCGCAUUUGGGGAUCGUCGUGGCAGGGAUUGAAAUGAUAGAAAAACAUUUUAACUUCAUGAAAUAUCAUAAUAUCACCAUCCUCAUUUCUUGAUGGUUUUAGUUGUAAAGUUUUUAGCAUUUUAAUUUCCUCUUAAGUUUACCGGCAUGUAGGUUAAUCUUAUUCCUAUCACUGUGGAUUGGAGGUUAUAUCAUAGAAACACAAGUUCUAUGGGUCCUACUUUCGUUCAGCUUCAGCAGUAUUGGAUUAUGCUUCCAUCUAUCAAGAAGAAAAGGAAAGGAGGGCUUUAGAGGCAAAGCUUUGAUGAUGCAACCUUUCUGAAGUGGUUAUUCAAGGAAUAGGCAUAUAAAAAUUUCUUAGAAAGGUUUAGGGUGUUCUAUUUUUUAUUAUUACAGUUUUGUGGAAGAAAACUUCAUAUAUUAUGUAAAAUUUACCUAUUAUUAAUUUGUUUUUUUGCACUGCCCA